AUGGCGGUAUUAAGAAGAUUUUUCUCGAAUCCAAAUACAAUUUAUGACUGCUGCAAAGUGCUUUGUCUGAUUUUAUUCUGUUUGGGAUGCAGUGGAUUUACGAAACAACGAGAUCGUUUCAAUUACAGUCGUAAAUCUCUGCUAUUCACGUGGAUGGCCGUAUGCUGGUUUGUGGGCAGCCUCAUGGGCUGCAUUUAUGUGAAGCUACAAGAUCCCCAAGUGGAAAAUCUUGACAGCCUCAUAAAAUCGAUAAUAUACUUGGAGAUAGGCAUGUCCACGUUUAUGUAUCUCACAACUGUCAUCAGCAUGUUGUUUAACAUGGACACGAACAUGCAACUGUAUGCGCGCAUCCAGCAUCUGGAUGAGAAACUGCUAAAGCAAUUUCCCUGCAAAUUGAAUUACGAGAAAUUAAUGAGGAAGCAUGUCUUACUCUUGUUCUCUGUGGCCAUCAUCUACAUAACGGUGGUAGUAGCUGCCGUCUCGCAGGCAUCACAUGGUCAGGAGUUUGUAGUAAAUCUAUUGGCUGGUCUGGCCUACACGGCAGUGACCGGUGGUCCGCAUUUGAACUGUUAUGCCCAAAUGAAUAUGGCCGAGAUAUUGAGCAUUCGUUUCCGUCUUUUGCAAAAGCUGUUGUCCAAACAGGUCGUGUGUUCUCCGAGAUUAAGUAUAUCCCAGCAGGUAGAGUGUUUGCGUGGCCUCAUCUCCCUGGUGCAAGAGUAUCACAACUGUAUACGUAAGAUUAACAAAGUAUAUGCUGUGUGCUUAGCAUCGACCCUUUUGCAUGACUUUACUUUGACAACAAGUGAGUUUUAUUUAAUAUUUGGUGGUUCCUCAAAGAACACACAAAGGGAGAAUUCGCUGAUUUGGUAUGUAGCCGUGUGCAUGAUUCUGCCACUAUAUAAGAUGACCAUUGCACCCAUAUAUUGUGGCAAAGCCGUACAUGAGGGUCAAAAAUGUUUUAAAAUUGUUAUGGAUACUGAGUGGUGGUUUCCGUGCAAUUCUGCAGUUCGUCAAAUGGUUUCGUCGUGUUUAUUAUGGCGCAAGGAUAAUAUAAUUGAAUUUUUGUGUGGUACUAUGAUUUUCAACAAACAAAUUAUAGCGGUGGUUUAUUCACAAAUAUUUAAUUAUCUUUUAAUUUUAAUACAAUUUCGCAUGACACAAGAAAUGGGCGAUCAAAUUGAGAAACAAAAGAACACAAUACAGGAGUGGAUUGGCGUGGAUUAUGUUUGA